UACUAAGAUCUGUUGACGUCACUGGAACUCAGGAUACUUCUGAACUAACCAGCCAAAACUAUGGGUCAUUAAUUGUCAAAGUUAUUUGUUGGGGUUAAGAUGGGGCGAUUUUAUUCGUAGAUGCCACGUAUUUCUUAAUGUUCUUAAAUAAUGGGUAACGCUGAAAGCGUAGAAAUACCGGGAGGCGGUUCCGAUGGAUAUCAUGUUCUAAGAGUCCAAGAAAAUUCGCCCGGCGAGAAGGCAGGUUUGCAGCCUUUCUUUGAUUUUAUUAUAUCCAUUAAUGGUACUAGAUUGGACAAAGAUGAUGAUACUUUGAAACAAAUAUUAAAAAGUGGAAUAGGGAAGCAACUGCCGGUGACAGUAUACAGCUGUAAGACUCAAAGUGUACGUAGUGUAAAUGUGGAACCAAGCGAUACUUGGGGAGGCCAGGGCCAUCUGGGAAUAAGUAUCAGAUUCUGCUCCUUUGAGACAGCAAAAGACAAUGUGUGGCAUAUAUUAGAAGUUCAGCCAAAUUCACCAGCGGAUUUGGCUGGUUUACGACCUUUUUCAGAUUACAUUAUUAGUUCAGAUUCCAUUUUACAUGAAAGUGAAGAUCUUUUCAAUUUAAUAGAAAACCAUGAUGGAGUGAGCCUUAAAUUAUAUGUUUACAAUUGUGAUGAUGAUUCUUGUAGAGAAGUUACAAUCACUCCAAAUUCGCACUGGGGUGGUGAAGGUCUUGUAGGCUGUGGUAUAGGUUAUGGUUAUUUGCACAGAAUUCCUGUAAGAAGUGCCGUCACACACAAGCAGCAACCAACUAUUUACAAGUCUAACAGCACUGCAUCUACUAUUCUCUCAAACACUGAACCCAUAACAACCACUUCUGAUUCUGACAAGUCUCUUCUGUCAGAAAGUGUUACAGAAACAUCAAACUUAUCUACUGGUGCAGAUAAAUUCACACCACCAGCAUCCACAGUUAUUAAUGACAUUCAGUCAAAUGUUAUUGAAGCUAAUACUUUUAGUAGCAUUCCACCACCAACCCAUAUUCCUCAGUUUCCAGGAAUUUAUACACAAGCUACACCAGCUGUUCAGUCUGAGACAACUAAUCCUUUGGCGCCACCUAGUUCCAUUCCUCAAUUUUCAAGUAUUCAAGUACCUUUAUAUCCUGUACAAACCUCAAUUUAUAACCCUAAUAAUAACCAACCUUUGAGCACAAAUGUACCUAUGUACAGUUAUUCUCAGCCUCAGUACUCCCAAGAGCCAGUUUCAGAGACUUAUUCUCACAGCCAUAAUGUCAAUCUUAGCUAUCCACAGGUUAAUGCUGGUAGUGAGCCUAAUCAAAACUAUCCACCAGCUAGUGGUAUAUUUCCCCCGCAGGGGGGAAUUCAAGCUCUAACUUACCCAGCAAUUCCUACAUCUCAGAAUUUGACAUGUUCUGGCCAAACGUCACCGACGCAGUUGAUAUAUGAUCCCACAAUUGCUGCCAGAUCAGCUCAACAAUUACUUAGUGGAAAUGUCUCGUCACUUGGUAACAUUACCCAAAAUAGUUAAUUAUUAUUCAUUUCAUACUUUAUAGUUUAGUAAUAUUGUUAUACCUAGAAGGCGUAAUUUACUUUUUGGGGACAAUUAACCUCUUUUUCUAAAUUACAAUAGGAUCGAUCGAAUAUUAAUUAUGUUUUUCCAUCCUUGAAAAUGCAUCCAAGUUGGGGCAUUAGUUUUUAUUAUCUCAGCUAAAAUGUGUAAAUUGCAUAUCCAUAAAUAAUUGUUACUUUUAAAAAAUGUAUAUAUCAAAUAUUUAUCACAACUUUGUACUGUGUAAAAAUAAAAUUCAUCUUACACUACAGUAUUACAUCAUUUUUA